UCAAAAAAAAAUGGACUAAUAACAGCUGGUGUUGGAGGCCAUGUAUUACUGCCAGUUCAGCCAAGAUACAACAAACAAGUGCUUCUCUUUAGCUUGUGUUGGUCAGCAGGGGUAGUUUGCUAGCAGCCCUGCUGGCUUUAGACACUGCCGACACAUCGCUGGCUAUGGCUUUUGAGUUUUGUAUGGCCUUGUUCUUGUCUGUGUGGUCAAUGGCAAGAAGUGAUCAAGUUCCAGAAGGGGUUCUUCAUAUGGAGUGUCGUGAUCGUUACCUCAUGAUAGCUGUUGAUCUGUCCUUCGCUGGAAUGGAGCCUAGCUUUGAUGCUAUUGACCAGACAGGCGUGUAUCCCAUCACUGAGCAGUAUGCAGCAAAGUGUGGCUACAGUGUUACUGUUCACCCUCUCCUGGGUCUUGUGGAGCUCAGAGCAUCUUACUUCAGCUGCCACACUGACAACAAAGAUGAUGACGUGUUUACGUUCCAUUUCAAUCUGAGUGCAUACCAUGAAGGCAAAAAGGUCACCUACGCGUUGACCAAGACCUGUUCUCCCUCUCUCCCCUGGUCUCCCAGAGAGGUUACCUGUGAGAUUAACUACAUGGAAGUGUCCGUGAGGAGUAAAAUUACCUGUCACUCUGGAACAAAGAAAGAUGACUGGAAUGCUCUCAAACCUGUGCUAGCACACAGCUCCACCACCUCAGACUGGCAGGUGAUGUUUCAAAGAGCAGGGGAGCAAAUGGCGCCUAUGAAACUGUCUCAAGCUCGGACGCAGGGCUAUGGUUUCGACCUGACAAAUGGAAGGCUUGUGUUUCGUGCACCAUAUGGGCAACCGGAGUCAUUUAGCACUGAGGUGAAUGGGGUUCCAGUAGAGAUGGUGCAUGCUACCGUGUUCUCCAGACAACGCUGGACGGUCGUCAUGGUUGACCUGGUGGCUGCUUGUUCCAUGCAUGAAGGAUCACAUGACAACAGAGGCUUUGUAAUGUGGAAGACUCCAGAGUUGCUUUACCCCAGCGUCAACAGCACACAGAUUAUUGUUGGACUCAAUGGCGAACGUAAUGAGUGGCCAGUUGCAGAGGAGAAAGGCUACAUUGUGGAAAGAGAAAACGACACAGUCCACAUCAGCAUCCCUUAUAAUGCUGAAGGAGGAUACAGGAAGAGCUUUGUCACAGGAGGUCUCUAUGAGUUUUACAUCUUCCACCUGUACUUUGAGCAAAUCUUCGUGGAUGAUGAUCAUGUAGAGACAGCACUCCGAAUUCACAGGACUCUAGUCACUCCACUGCUGCCCUGGCUGCUCUUCACUGACAACCAAACUGUUCUUGAAGACCGAGUUUUCACCGUCUACCUUGGAAAUGUCCCUGAAGACAUUGCGCUGGCUUCCGUCCAGCUGAAUGGACAAGACUUCAUGGUGCCAUUUCUAAAUACAAGCAGCUACACUAUUAUACAAGCUGUUCAACCAAACAACACCCAUAGCUAUACUCUGAAGGUGCCUUUUGAUGAUCCCAUUGUCAUACAGCAGGUUUCCAAAGAAGACGCCGUCAUUCAUUACAGGCUGGACAUCAACUACACACUGAAUGUCGAGUUUUUAAAUGAACCUUAUUACCACUUGGCAUCCAUUGUGGCCUGGUCCCCAGAUGUCUCUUCUCCAGCCUUCGAUGCAGCCUGUUCUGAGUCUGGGAUCAGUUUCAAGCUGGACCACCGGCCUUUUGACUACCUGUGGGAGAUCAGCGUUGGGGCAGACCUGCUGACAUCGGAGCUGGCAGCCCAACAUGGCUACAUCUUGAGCAAUGAUAGCCAGAGUCUGCUGCUUGAUGUGCCACUCUUCACUCAUGGAUAUCAAUACAAUAAUGUUACUUUGAAGGGAUUCGUUGCUUUUUUUGAAAUCCUUGUGAGGAAUCAUGAAACAUCAGAGGUCCAGACUGCUGUGAAGACGUGUCCAUUCAUCUCUAAUGAACUCAUUAUGUGUUCGACUGAUGGUCAGAUGACGGUGGUGGUUGACUUGUCUCUGGCCAUCCCAAGUGGAGGUAGCCCAGGAAGAACCAGCCUUAAAGACAACAAGUGUGGGCCCAAAGAGGCAGAUGGCACCAGAGCUCUCUUCUCUUUUCCUGUUAACAGCUGUGGAUCAACCAUCAAGCUUGGGAAGGACAACGUGACCUAUCAAAAUGCAAUUCUCUACAACGAGCCAGUUUCUGGUGAUGCUACUGAGAUCAUGGUCGCGCGGUGUACAUAUCCUUUGGCUAGUCUCCAUCGCCUCUUCUUACUGUACAAAUUUGAGUCCGACACAGCCGGUGUUGGCAGCAUCAUCCACACCGCACAGUCCACAACAGGUGUGCAAAGUCCCAUCAUCAAGCCUAAGGCAGCACUUCAAACCAUACCUGCUACUGAAGGUCCAGCCAGAAAGUUUAUCCCAUCCAAGCCUGCCGUCCACCCGCCUGCUCGUUACAUCAAAGUUUCCAGGAUUCAUAGUUUUCCCAGGGGCUUUGGAGAAGGCCCUGAAAGAUUCUCCCAAACUAAAAUGAACAGAGUCCAAAAACAUUUUUAAAUUGGGUAAAAAAUGGAAUUUAAUAAAGCUGCUUCUUAAAAUUGUUGUAUUUGUGUCGCACAAACUUAUCAAAAGUACUACACAAACAAA